AUGGGAUUACAUUUUACUAAUUGCUGGCAUUCAUUAGCUGGAUUGCCGAGUUCUAGCUGUGAGCUUCAAAUCUUGGAGCAAAAACCCGAGAUAUUGCCAGAGCAAACAAGAGCAGAAGUACAAAUGGAGGACUGGUCAAAAGCCCAUCGUUAUACUGACCUUGAGACUACAGGGAGAAAUACAAGUACACAGCCAGACGAGCCCCUGACUGAGAAUUCUGAGGGAAGCAUGCGUCAGAAAUCCAGUGAAUUAGUUAAUGAAGCCACACGCGAGGACACGCAGCCGCCAGAGCAGAAGUCAAGGAGUUUUCCUCAUCCAGGUGCUGAGGCAGCUCAGUGCGCUCCUGCAAAAUCCAACACUAUGGAACAUACAGAUAAUGGUUUGCAUUAUGAAUGUAUGAUCCCUUGUCAAGUUACUUCAGACUUAAGUAAAGAGAAGACUAUAGCAUUUCUUCAAACAGAAUUGGACAUUCUCAGAGCAAGCAAUGAAAAGCUUCAAGAAAAACUGUCUAAAGCAGAUAAAGAACAGAGAAAACUAAAGCUUAAGCUGGAACUCCAUGAGAAAGCAACUGAAGCUCAAAUUGCUGAAAAGACAGCAGCUCUGGUUGAAGAGGUGUAUUUUGCACAAAGGGAACGUGAUGAAGCUAUUAUGUCUCGACUACAAUUAGCCAAUGAGGAGAGAGAUGAAGCAAUUGCACGAGCCAAGCAUAUGGAAAUGUCUCUAAAAGUGCUAGAAAAUAUUAACCCUGAAGAAAAUGACAUGACAUUACAGGAAUUACUGAACAGAAUAAACAAUGCAGACACAGGGAUAGCUAUUGAGAAGAUUGGAGCUAUAAUUGUGGAUAGAAUCUGCAAGACCAAGGCAUGUAAAGAGAGAAUAACUGCAGAAGAAAUGAAUGCAGUGAUAGAAGAGCGCGACGCUGCUUUGUCUCAGUGCAAACGGCUGGAGCAGGAGCUUCAUCAUUUGAAAGAGCAGAACCAGACUUCAGCAAACAACAUGAGACAUCUGACUGCUGAAAACAAUCAAGAACGUGCUCUGAAGGCAAAGUUGUUAGCUAUGCAACAAGCCAGAGAAACUGCAGUUCAACAGUACAAAAAACUGGAAGAAGAAAUCCAGACACUUCGAGUUUAUUACAGUUUGCACAAAUCUUUAUCCCAAGAAGAAAAUCUGAAGGAUCAGUUUAACCAUACCCUUAGUACCUAUGAAGAAGCCUUAAAGAAUAGAGAGAACAUUGUUUCGAUCACUCAGCAACAAAAUGAGGAACUGGCUUCCCAACUGCAGCAAGCCCUGGCAGACCGAGCAAACAUGGACUUAGAGCUUCAGCACGCCCUGGAGGCCUCGCAGGCGGCCAAUGACAAGGUCCAGAAGUUGGAAAGGCUGGUGGACGUCCUGAGGAAGAAGGUUGGAGCGGGGACCGUGCGGACCGUGAUCUGACUGAAACAAGGCCGCCUGGGAAGCAGUCACAUCUGGGGACCAGGCUGCUUCAUUCAGCACUGUGUAAACACCAGAGCCUUAACUUAGCAAACAGUUGUUAGAAGUGGGACACUCCAACCACAUUCCAAGCUGAGAUAAAAUCAAAUCACAAAUGUUUAACCACUUUGUUGCUGACUGGAGUUAUUUAUCCAAAUGUAUUAACUGCAGGCUUUUACCAAUGGGUAGCUAUAAAGUUGUAGUUUAUUUUGUAACUAUUUUCUGUCUCACUAUAUUUAAUAAAGCUCUUUUUACUGAGAGACUAUUAUAAAAACAUUGUGAAGCUGGUGGGAUCAUAUCUUCCCAUAUGGCCCUUUCUGAAUCAAAAUGCAGCAAAGUAAAUAUGUCUAAACCUUAAUCUGCUGUGUAAGGUCAAAACUUCAAAUACAUGCAUUUUUCAAUAUAGAGUUUAUUUCUUACCUGAUGAGAGAAGCUCAGACAUAAGAGUAUCUAGUCUUCCUUCAAUGCAUGCAUGUAAUCUUUGUUAGUAUUAAAGAAUAUUAAGUAUAGAUACUAAGAAUUAAAUGUAUAAUUUCUUUUAAUAAGAGUUUGGUACAUUAAAAUUAUACUAAUCAAGGAAUGAUUUUUGUUUCAAUAAAAACAAUUCAGACUGUCUUCAAUGAAAAGA